AUGGUCAAAGUUCUUCUCGUUCUCUACGACGGCGGUAAGCACGCCGAGCAGGUUCCUGAGCUUCUCGGAACCACCGAGAAUGAGCUCGGCCUGCGCAAGUGGCUCGAGGGCCAGGGCCACACCCUCGUGACCACCUCUGACAAGGAGGGCGAGAACUCCAAGUUUGACCAGGAGCUCGUCGACGCCGAAGUCAUCAUCACCACCCCCUUCCACCCCGGCUACCUCACCGCCGAGCGUCUCGCCAAGGCCAAGAACCUCAAGCUCGCCGUCACGGCGGGCAUCGGCUCCGACCACGUGGACCUCAACGCGGCCAACAAGACCAACGGAGGCGUGACCGUCGCCGAGGUCACCGGCAGCAACGUCGUCUCCGUCGCCGAGCACGUCGUCAUGACCAUCCUCGUGCUCAUCCGCAACUUUGUGCCCGCGCACGAGCAGGUUGAGCGCGGCGAGUGGGACGUGGCCGCCGUCGCCAAGCAGGAGUACGACCUCGAGGACAAGGUCGUCGGCACCGUCGCCGUCGGCCGCAUCGGCGAGCGCGUCCUCCGCCGCCUCAAGCCCUUUGACUGCAAGGAGCUGCUCUACUACGACUACCAGCCGCUGUCGCCCGAGAAGGAAAAGGAGAUUGGCUGCCGCCGCGUCGACAGCCUCGAGGAGAUGCUCGCCCAGUGCGACAUUGUCACCAUCAACUGCCCGCUGCACGAAAAGACCAAGGGCCUGUUCAACAAGGAGCUGAUUAGCAAGAUGAAGAAGGGCUCCUACCUCAUCAACACCGCCCGCGGCGCCAUCGUCGUCAAGGAGGACGUCGCCGCCGCCCUCGAGUCCGGCCACCUCGCCGGCUACGGAGGCGACGUCUGGUUCCCCCAGCCCGCGCCCAAGGACCACCCGUUGCGCACCGCCAAGAACCCCUUUGGCGGCGGCAACGCCAUGGUCCCCCACAUGUCCGGCACCUCGCUCGACGCCCAGAAGCGCUACGCCGACGGCACAAAGGCCAUCCUCACCAGCUACUUCUCCGGCAAGGAGGACUACCGCCCCGAGGACCUCAUCGUCCACAAGGGCGACUACGCCACCAAGGCGUACGGUCAGCGCAAGUAA